AGAUUAAACAGGAGAGAGAAAACAAGAAACAAAUGCACCUCUCUCACACAACUUCCAGAUUAGGGUUUCGCCAUAUCUAUCCAUCUUAUCUAUCUCUUUCAAACAAAAAAGCAUUGAUUUUUAUAUCAGGUAAGAUCUCGAACCCAUCACUUUUUUUUUUUUUUAAUAAUAAUUUUACAGUUUUUGUUUUCAUAAAAUGUUUCCAUUUUGAUUUCUGAAAAACACUUUCUACUCCAAAAAGACAUUAGAAAGAGGGAAAAAAGAAAAAUAAGAAAAAUUGAAAACCCUAGCUUGUUUUAAUUGAAAAUACCAAAAGAAAAAGAGGGGGGGAAAAAAAAUAAAAACGAUGGAUGAAGGUGAGGAAGGGUUUGGUGAGGGUAUGGAACAGAUGGAUCAGUUCCAUCGCAACGAGGCGAUCUCCGCCGUUGCCGAUGAAGGUUUUCUGGGAGAAGAAGAAGACGACGAUUACGAGGACCUAUACAACGACGUCAAUGUCGGCGAGGGUUUUUUACAGUCCCUUAGGAAGAACGACGACUUAGGGUUUCGAAACGAGGUCGUGGAAGAGAAGAAGAUUGACCCUCCUGUUGUACCGCCGGAACCCAGUGUUUCGAUACCGGGUGUUGGUGGAGGUAGCGGGAACGGUGAAGGUAUUGGCGGCGGCGGCGGCGGCGGUGGUGGUAGUGGUAAUGGUGGUGUGGUUGGAGGUGAUGGUGGGGCAGCUAGGGUUUCUGGAAGGGUGAUAGAGGGUUAUAAUCAAAACGUAGGGUUUAGAUCGAAUGAGAUGGGUGGGAAGGGGAGUGUUGGAUCAGGGCUGUCGAUUGGUGGGGGAGGUGGGAUUAGGGUUGAAUUAGGACAGGCAUCGAGUAAGAUUAAUGAUUUUGAGGAGCAAACUGGGAAUACUAAUGUGGGGGUUCAAGGCAUAGGCCAACAGCAACAUCAACAGCAGCAGCAGCAGCCACAUGGUGGUGUUGUUGGGGGGACUGUUGCGAAUGUGGGGAACGAGGGGUUGGUGAGGCAAGGUGGUGCUGUUGGAAAUUUGAAUGGGCUUGGUGGUGGAAAUACUGUUGGUGGCGGUGCUGGUGGGGCUGCCGGUGGAGGAGGAGGAGGAGGUGGUGGAACUAUAUUGUUUGUGGGUGAUUUGCAUUGGUGGACUACAGAUGCUGAGCUGGAGGCAGAGCUAUGUAAGUAUGGGCCAGUGAAGGAGGUUAAGUUUUUCGAUGAGAAGGCCAGUGGGAAGUCAAAAGGAUAUUGCCAGGUGGAGUUUUAUGACCCUGGUGCUGCCACAGCCUGCAAGGAGGGAAUGAAUGGUCAUGUGUUUAAUGGGCGGCCUUGUGUUGUUGCGUAUGCAUCACCAUAUAGUGUUAAGAGGAUGGGGGAGGCUCAAGUGAAUAGAAAUCAACAGACAUCCCAAUCUGCGGUUUCUCAGACUAGGAGGGGCCCUGAAGCUGGGGGUAAAACCGGUGGGAGUAACAUUUCUACAGGUGGAAAUUAUCAAGGUGGGGAUAACAAUAGACCUUAUGGAAGAGGCAAUUGGGGAAGAGGUAAUGCUCAGGGGAUGGGAAAUAGAGGCCCGGUUGGUCCAAUGAGGAACAGGGGUGGUGGCAUGGGUGGCAGAGGUAUAAUGGGAAAUGGUGGAAAUGGGUUUGGGCAGGGCAUUGGUGCAACCCCUCCAUUGAUGCACCCCCAAUCAAUGAUGGGUCAGGGUUUUGAUCCAGCAUUCGGUGCACCCAUGGGUAGAAUGGGCAGUUAUGGUGGCUUUCCUGGUGCUCCUACACCUCCGUUUUCUGGAAUUUUGUCAUCAUUUCCUCCUGUUGGGGGUGUGGGUUUGCCUGGGGUAGCCCCUCAUGUGAAUCCAGCGUUUUUCGGAAGAGGGAUGCCUAUAAAUGGAAUGGGGAUGAUGCCAACAUCCGGUGUUGAUGGGCCUAAUAUGGGAAUGUGGUCAGAUCCUAAUAUGGGUGGAUGGGGUGGUGAGGAGCAUGGUGGUGGGAGAGCUGGGGAGUCUAGCUAUGGUGAAGAAGCUGCAUCUGACCAUCAAUAUGGUGAGGUUAGUCAUGAAAGAGGAGGUGGGUGGCCUAAUGCUAUGAAGGAGAAAGAUAGAGGUUCAGAGAGGGAUUGGUCUGGGUCUUCAGAUAGGAGGUACCGGGAUGAUAGGGAACCAGGAUAUGAUAGAGAUGUGCCUAGAGAAAAAGACGUAGGUCAUGAUCAUGAGUGGUCUGAAAGAAGGCAACGUGAGGAAAGAGAUGUUGGUCGGGAGCGGGACAGGGAGCGUGAUCGUGAUCGAGAGCGUUCUCGAGAUCGUGACCGUGAUAGAGAUCGAGACCGGGAUCGUGAGAGGUACAGAGAAGACAGGGACAGAUAUACAGAUCAUCAUAGGUAUAGAGACCGCGAACUAGAGCAUGAUGAUGAAUGGGAAAGGGGACGAUCAUCGAGGAACCAAAGCAAGGUGCGGGUAUCACAAGAGAAUGAUCACCGUUCUAGAUCAAGAGAUGCUGAUUAUGGGAAGAGGCGGCGGCUUACUUCUGAAUAACUGAGACUGUUUUUCACUUUCGGAUAUUUUUCAUUUAGAAAGAAAAGAAAUAUAAAUUAAACAAGUGCUGGAUUUGCCGUGCUAUUUGGACUCUCUUUCAAGUGGUGUUCUUGCUGUCCUUGAUUCAUUCAGUGGUUCUUCUCACAUCAUUUCACCAAUUUCUUGAUUGCUUCUUGUACACAGAAGCAUGGUGUGAUUCCUUUGAGAAAUAUAAUCUUACUCUCACCUAUAUCUUGUUUAGUAGCUGGAGGACAUUUAAUCUCGAGGAGUUCGCUUACUGGAAUACUGUGAGGUGCCAUGGGAGAUGAACAGGACCUCUAACAUCUGCCUGGGAGAGAGAGGAUGGCAAUUCCGCUUUGCCUAAUUGAUUUAGAAGUGGACUCAUGCUUUUUAAGUUUUUUAGCUUUCUUUUAGCAUUUAUGUUCUAGUUAAUUAGCACUUGAUGAAACCGAUGUCAAUGUUGUGGAUGAUGAUGAUGAUGAUGAUGUUAUGGCUUGAAAUUGCUGAAGUCUGAAAAUGUGGUAGAUUGUUUGGAACUUAAAAAUGUUUAAAUGGUGAUGUAAUAGGAUUUAGCACAGGAUGUUGCUGCUAAUGUUCUUUUUGUUAUUGGUUAGUUGUUGUAUCAUCUCCCCUCUUUUUUGUUUCUUGUAUACCACCAUACCAUUUUGUUGUUGAAAUCUGUUUUUUGUAGAUGUAGAUGUAGAAGGCUAACCUCCAUUCAAUCGUAAUCAUUUAAACCCUGAGAAUUGUAUAUUAUACCCUUUGCCUUGUACAUACUGAUAUUUAUUGAAUAGAGUUUUAUUUUAACCA